AUGACCAUGCGAGCUUGUGCGAGUUAUAUUCCUUCUUUGUUGAUAUAUAUCGGUCCUGCUUUGGCAUUCUUCAAGGUGCCAUGCAGUACACCUCUGGUCAUUGAGAGAGCAGACCCUCUCAUUUCACCUGGGACAGUCUCCAAUCAUGUUCACACCAUCAUGGGUGGAUCUGGCUUCGGGUUUACCAUGAACUAUGACAUGACUCAGGAGUCGGAGUGCAACUCUUGCUCUGCAAUUGAAGACAAGUCCAACUACUGGGUUGCUUCUCUCUACUACCAUGCUCAGAAUGGAAGCUUCAUUCAAGUUCCACAGAACGGUGGAGCUCUGAUAUACUACGAACAGCGCCCCGAUCCAACUACGGAUGGGAAGAUAGUGGCACCCCCGGCUGGAUUCCGCAUGAUUGCGGGCAGUCCAUUUGACCGCCAGUACAAGGACAGUAUUGAAGCCGACGCGAGAAAUUUCGCCUGUCUCAACUAUGAUGGUCCCGCAACGCCUCAAACAAAUGGAUUCCCAACGACAAACUGCCCCAACGGCCUUCGCGCCCAAGUUUACUUCCCUUCCUGCUGGGAUGGAGUGAACUUGGAUAGUCCCGAUCAUAAGUCCCAUGUGGCCUAUCCUAACCAAACAUAUGACAACGGCCCAUGUCCCGCGACACACCCAGUUCGCAUUGUCUCUAUUUUCUACGAGAUUACAUGGCACACCGAGCACUUUGCAGACAUGUGGUAUGGCGACAGCCAGCCUUUCGUCUUUUCCUUCGGUGACCCUACAGGAUACGGGCUACAUGGCGACUUUAUCAACGGGUGGGACAUUUCAGUCCUUCAAGAAGCCAUUGAUACGUGCAACGAUGGCGGUGGAGAUAUCACCGAAUGCGCGCCAAUCCAUCUCUAUCCAGACACUAUCACAGACGGCUGUUUAUUGGAACCAUCGAUCGAUGAGCAGGUCGGCGGAUGGCUGGAUGCUCUACCGGGCUGCAAUCCCAUCCAACCAGGUCCAGAUGACGCGACAAUCAGGACUGGCUGCGGUGCGCCCACGCAGAUUGGAUCACCACAGCAUUACUAUACCGACGUUACCGGUGAGCUGGGUUGGGAAUGGAUUGGCUGCGCGGUCGACAAUGCAGGGGGCGUAAGGAUCCUAAGUGGCUCCAGCUCGGCUGGCUCGGACAUGACGGUCGAAAAGUGCAUUUCGAACUGCAAAGCUGCAGGGUAUACAAUUGCCGGUCUUGAGAACUCUCAGGAGUGCUACUGUGGCAACAGCAUUGACCCUGCCAAGAAGCCGUCUGUUACGCCUAUGGGAAAUUGUCUUUAUCCCUGCACCGGUAACCCUGACCAGAACUGCGGGGGUUAUGGAUUUAUCGGACUUUACCAGAAAUGUACUGGCAGCUGCCAGAAUCUGCAAUAUCCCGUGGUACCUCACUAG